UGUAAAUACGUAGUUAUCCCGCAGAGUCGACUUCCUGUUUUGCAAUUGUGAAACUGAAAUCAAAACUCUCUGAAAUGUAAAAGAACUUCAAAAAUUGUGCACAGACACUUAGCUCCAGAUGUUGAAAUAAAAGGACUGUCUGACAUAAGAUGGAACAAGCUUUAUCAAGAAGACGUGAAGAUUACAAAGUUCUGUGUGGGACCUGUCCAGAUGAACAGUGUCAUGCCAAACUAUUUUUCCCAGCUUAUGAUAAAAGUAUAGAAUGUACAAGUUGUGGUCAAAGACACGAAAAGUCCUCACUUCAAAAUAUUGCUGAGGUGACAAAUCCAAGUGUCGCCUUACAUAAUAUUCUAAAAAAUAUUUUAUUGGGAAAUGUCAAACCCAAAAAAGGACCAGAUAAUGUCAAGGUGUUAGGGUUAUCUAAUUAUGUCUGUAAACUGGUAUCACCUAUAUUAACCAGAUAUGGGAUGUGUAAGAAGACAGGUAAAGCUCAGUUACUGACUGAACUUGGACAACCUCCUGUAUUUGAUUGUGGUAAAAUUUUAGGUGAUCGUGCUUUCCUUAUUGAUGAAGAGAAUUUAUCUAUUACUGGCUAUGGUAGAGAUAAGUCUGGUAGUCUGAAAUACUUAUCUGGUACCCUAGAUGUAAUUAAAGAUGUCAACGAGGGAGAGGAGAGACUUGUAGCUAUACAUGCAGAUGGAGAUGGUCAUUGUUUAGUCCAUGCUGUAUCACGUGCCCUGGUUGGAAGGGAACUGUUCUGGCAUGCAUUACGUGUGAACCUGAUGAAUCAUUUCACAGAAAAUUUAGACAAAUAUAAAAACUUGUUCAAAGACUUUGUAGACAGAGAUGAAUGGAACGACAUUAUUCAAGAAUGUCAUCCAGAAUUUUGUCCACGAGAUGGUGAACCUUUAGGUUUAAGAAACAUACAUGUGUUUGGAUUAGCCAAUGUACUGAGAAGACCAAUUAUAUUGUUAGAUUCUAUAGAAGGAAUGCAGAGUAGUGGGGACUAUUCAGCUGUAUUUUUACCAGGGCUUAUAAAGCCUGAGGAAUGUAAAAGUAAAGACGGAAGUUUAAACAAGCCAAUCUGUAUUGCCUGGAGUAGUGUAGGCAGAAAUCAUUACAUCUCAUUGGUUGGCAUAAAAGGUAAACCACCACCUAAACUUCCUCGCUACAUGAUCCAGAAGACAUGGGGCAUGCCAAGUACACUGUUAGAUAAAUAUAUUGAGUUAGAUGAGUAUGGUCAUUGUAUAGUUGGAGGGGACAAAUGUUUAUCUGAUAAAUAUCUGAGGCAUCUUGUGUCCGCUAUGGAAGAAGUUUACUUUGAAAAACAUGGUGUACAUCAGCAACUUGUAGCAGACGUCCACCAGUUUAUGUAUAAAACUUCAGGUAUUGUUGGUGUUCUACCUGAAGAAGUGUUAAAGACAACACAGAGAGCUGUGAGAGAGAAAAAAUUAUACCGUUGUCUUACUUGUGAUGGUGUGAUGGAAUAUAUACUGCCACCAGAAUGGUUCCGCAAGGGAGGAAGUCUGUACAAUAUAGCAAUAAAAACACAGGGAGCCCUCAAACCUGAUAAAAAAUAUCAAUUUCCAAUGCAAGGAGUUGUAUGUAAUUAUGAUGCUGAAAAUGAUGUCCUUAAACCAGAUAUGGAAAACAGUCAACUUAGUAUCUGUUCAUUCUGUCAGGGUGCUCAUGUGCGCCUGGUAAAAGGAGAUGGAGGAGUAAAAUAUGAAAAUGGUGAUCGUACGACAACACCAGCUCCCAGUGGAAGAUGUACUUGUGGGUUUAAACAUUACUGGGAUGGCAGAGAAUAUGACAAUCUACCAGAAAUAUUCCCCAUUAGUAUGGAGUGGAAUGGAGAGGUUGUGGCAGAAAAGGUCAUGUGGUUUCAGUACGAAUCUGAUGACUCACUUAACAGUAAUGUGUUUGCAGUAGCACAAAAACUAGUUCAAAAACAUUUCCCAGGAGAGUUUGGGAGUGAACGACUCGUCCAACAGGUUGUGAAUACUAUUCUACGUCGUACUGCUGGACAGAAAAAAGAUCCUGAGAAAUCUGUGGUCAAUCCAUAUAGUGAUGAAAACUUCUCAGCAGAUACAGCAUCUAAAAUCAUUCUUACUGGGCAUGCAGCCAAGACAUUGCAUAAAGAAGAGCUGUGUAAGAGUGAAAAAGAAAAGCAGGUUAAGAAGAGGAUAACAUCAGAAGCCCAGAAACAUCAACAAAAGAAGACUGCAGAAAUAGCAGCAACCUCACAACAAAAAUCUAGUCCUAAAAAGUCCAAGUCAUUAGACUCAGGCAUGCAAUCAAAAACAACCACAGAUGUCACCAUGACAACUUCAAAACUAAGUUCACCACGACACACUGGUGAGAAAAAAGUAAAGAUAGCCACAUCUGAUGGUCGACAGAUUAUGUUAACUUUACCAGGGGAAGUAACUUAUGACCAGCUAAAAAAUCUGAUAGCUGAGCAGGUUACUGUUUCUCCUGUACGACAGAGGCUCAGGACAGGAUUUCCACCAAAAGAAUUAAAACAACCUGAAAAUGCAGAGCAAACCAUACCAUUACUUCACGGUGAUAAAAUAAAUGUUGAAAUAUUACCUGACAAAUCUGUACCCAUGGAAAUUGAUCGUAAAGUUUCAACGAGAGAUAAGACCAAAGUGAGUGAAGUACCUAGCGCUCACAGAAAUUUUGGAGCUUGGAGCAGUUUUGAGGAAGAUGCUCACGGCAGCACUGAAGAAGCAUUGUUAAGGGCAUUAAAAGCAACUGAAGGAGUAAAUGAUAGUCUGGAUUCCUCAAUAGCUAGUCUGGCAAUUAUGUCCACUGUUACUGGUCGUGACCUUUGGACAUAUGUUCAAACUAUGCCCCACCUUUUCUCAGUAGGAGGUCUGUUUUAUAAACAGAUGGAGAGAGAUUUAGGUCUUGUUGAUGGUAAACAUUGUCAGCUGCCUGCUCUACCAGGAAAGGUAUUUAGAUAUAAUUCCCAUGAUGACAGAUUAGAACUCUGUUUAGAACCUCAUGGACAUUUCCAAGUGGAACCAAGAAUUGAAGAAAAGGUAAAAGAAAUGGUGGCUUCAGGCAAAUUGGCAGAAGCUAGAUUUGGUAGUAGUGGAGCUGUUGGUCGACACAGUCCCAGAAUGCAAGCGUUUGCAGGUCAAGGUCAUUCUAUGAGAUCAGCUGAAAUUGAACGAAUGCCUGGUGAUCUGCCAGAACCAGUAGGGCACCAUCAUCAUCAUAACCAAGUCCGAAAACUUCAGAACCUUUGUGAUCCUGAUAGACAUGAGGAAUCCAUUAGUGAGGAAUCAGAAGAAAUACUGGAAGAUGCACCUGCAGUACAGUCACCAGGGUACCAGAAACUGGGACCAGGAUACAGUGUUAUUAGUUCAGAAAAUGUUAACCAAUCAAAUGAAAACUUUCAGUUGUUUAAAGACCUGGCCCAAAGUAUUGAAGAAACAAUGAAUGAAGAUAUAGCUGAUAUUAAUAAAGAGAUGGAGAGAAUAGAUAGUGAAGAAAGAAUGAAGUCCAGUGUAUGUAGCAGUGAUAUGUUGUCUCAUGUACCAUCAAUAUCUUCUAUGUCUGACACAGUGUUUGAAUCAGAAACAGACAGAGGUGUAACAUCUGAUAGUGCUAUAAAUUCCACAGAUAGUGAUAAAAUGGAUGUCAAUAUGGAAUGUUCUGAUACUGGUGUGAAUAGGUCAGACAAAGAACAGUGUGAUGCCAUCAGAAUUGAUAGUGCGUCUGCUGCUGUUUCUCUGAGUCAGCAUGUAGAGGACAAAAAGGCAGUUGACAAAAUCGAUGAAAAUUCAGGUUGUGCUGGAUCUCUUUCAGCAGACACUAAAAUAAAGCCUGAAACUGUUUCUAGUGAUGGAAGAGAUGAGUCUGUGUGUUCACCUGAUCAGCAAGACAUUGAACUCAAAAUAGAUGAAAGUAAAUGUCAACCAGAUCCAAUAACACAAAAUAACAAAUUAAUUACAGAUACACAGCUGGAGAGAGAUAGUGCCAAAUCAGGCUUUUCUGCACAGACCAAAACUGACAGAGACAAAGAAAUGGAUACAUCAUAGCAGAAUUGUGCUGUAUUAUAUGUAAAUGCUUUUAAUGUAAUAUAUGUAAAUAAUGUUUAUGUAUUAUAUGUAAAUGAUGUUAAAGUAUGUUAAUUUAUUGUAGAUUUUUUAUCUGUUUCAAGUCUCAGCAUAUAAUUAUGUCAGAAAUUAUUAUUGUGUUAGAUUUCAGAAAACUUCACAUUGUUUAUUAACUUCUUUGAGGAAGUGUCUGAAAAUACAUGCAUAGAUUAUUGUUUUCUAUAAUUGCCUCCAUUGUUUAAGCCUCGUUACACUUAUAUAAAAAAAAUUAAUAUAGGUUUAUUUUUUGAAAUAGAUAGUGCUCAAUGUUUCAUAUAUGUGCUGGUGCUCAUUUGAGAUGCCAUGUUGGGUUAGUCAUAUAUUUCUGAAAUAAUAAUUUAAUUUAAUAAACAAUACAUUGAUAUUUAGCAUAUAAGAGAGAAAUUUGUUUGUUUUUGUUUUGAAAUAUUGGAUAUAUAUAGAUUUAUCAGUAUUGUGUGACUUUAUUUUUUGUGAUUUUUUAAAACAUUGAAGAAUAGAUAACAAAUUAAAAGUACAUGUAAGAGAAAUAUUUUUUCAGAAGAAGUUACAAAUUUAUUUUUAAAUCAUGCUUGCAUUAAUUGAUAAAACUAUUGAUUUUUCUACAGAUAUCACAGUGACUGUAUCAUAGUUUUCCAUUUAAGACAUUUUAAUUUUUAGAUCCAUAUAUAUUACUCAAGGUUUAUUAAAAGUAACACUUUAAUUUUUUUUUAAAUAUUUAAGCAUCAAACUAAAAAUUUAACUUUGUUUUGAAUGACUCAAUGAUUAUCAUCUAUUUUCACAAGAUCCCCUCUUUCUAGUCAACUAUAAGGUAAUGGGCUUUUUAAAAAAAAUUAUAUUAUUUAUUGACAAGUAUAAUUCUUUGUUUUAAAUGUAUCAAACAUAAAAGGAUAACAGCUUUAAUAUAUAAAACAGUAGGUGGCAUUUUUUUGUUAACAUUAUAACAGACAUUCAAUCUGUUUUAAAUAUACCUCUUGCUCCUUUUUCUAUAAAAUUGAAAUUUCAUGGCAUUUUAUUGCAUGCUAUGUUGUAUGGGUUUUGCUCAUUGUUAAAGGCUGUAUAAAGACCUAUAGUUUCUUACUUUUUACAUCAUUUGAUCUUUGGUGGUGUAUUGUCUCAUUGGCUAUCAUAUAUAACCACAUCUUAUUAUUAUUAUAUCCUUUUCUCAAAUUGCACCAAGUUUAGUAAUAGUAAUCUAUAAGAAAUGUUGUUCAAUAAAAUAAUCAUACUUAAAACAUCAAUUGAAGUUGACAUGUUAUUCUGUUUUGUAUAGUCAUUUAUUGAUAUCCUUGUAUUAAAUUGUUUAACUAUACCCCGCUUUGAAAAAAAGGGGGGUAUACUGUUUUGCCUCUGUUUGUCUGUCAGUUCGUCCGUCUCUUCACAUUUUUUUCAGGAACUACAAUACAAGGAUUUCUUAUAUUUAGAUUCAGGGUUUAUAUAAGUCUGCUAUACCGUUUGAUGCAUUUUCAGACUCAUCAAUCGACAACUUCCUCUGUACCAAACACUUGUAUUAUCUUACACAUGAUAAACAAGUUUUUGUCACAUUUUUCUCAGGAACUACAAUACAAGGAUUUCUGAAAUUUGGUUUCAGGAUUUAUAUAAGUUUGCAAUACUGUGUUAUGUGUUUUCAGAUUUAUCACUCAAUAAUUUCCUGUUUACCGAACACUUGCAUAUCUUUACACUAUUUAAAUUUUUAAAUUAUCCACUUGCGGCAGGGGUAUCAUCAGUGAGCAGUAGCUUGCAGUUUCACUUGUUAUUUCAACAUUUCAUUUCGUAAAUUUACUCACUAACUAAAUGAUGAUUUUGUCUUUUUUAAAUAUCACUAAACUAAAUAAUAUGUAGAAAAGUGUGCAAAAUGAUCAUUGAUGAAAGAUUUAAGCAAAACAUAACAUGUGAGCGAUUCAGGCUCUUGAGAGCCUCUUGUUUCAUUUAUACCUGCUAUUUUUACUACCAGGUAGUUAACUGGUUGUUAACAUUCAUUACAGAAGAGAGGGAAGUGAUGUCACCUUCAUGCAGGAAAGAUAUUAAUGGCAACUUGAAUUUUCAAGCACAAAUAAUUAUAACUUCACAUCAAAAUCUUAAACAUUUAUGAUUGCGAUUGUUGAACAAUGUACAUAUAUUUUUGUAACAUUUGUAUGAUAAUUGAAAAUACUGAUGGUGUUUUUAUAUGGUUGUGUGUUUAAUUUUUAAUUUUUUGUGAUGUCUAAAGGGCAACAAAUAUUUUUUUUAAUUAUUUGGAUGUUGAAUGUACUGAAUAUUGUUGGCUUUGUAUUUUUGAACAACACUGCAAUUAAAAAUAGACAACUCAGUUGUAGUUGGAGUUGGAUUAUGGAAUUCAAUAGUAUCUUCAAAAAAACUUCUAAAUAAACUUUAAAUGUAUCUGUACAAAUAAAUUGUAAAACAUUUUUUUUUUUAUUAUUUUUGGUUCAUGAAAAAAAUCAGAAUCAGUAAAGGGAUGUUUUGUACUAAAAGAGAUAAUUUUUUGUGAUAAAAUGGAAAUAAUUUUAUGAUAUUUUUUAAAUGAUUAGGCAUGAUUUGCUACAGCUCAGAAUAAAGAUAUUGACAAAAAUAAUGACUACCCAUUUUAAAUGAGCAUAGAACAAGACCUGAAAGAGAUAUUUAGCAUUGGGAGAUGUAUGUCCAUUGCAUUGUUAGAAAAUUAAAGACUAGAUUCUGUCCACUGAUAUGAUUCUUUCUAAUUAACAUUUUUUUUCAAAUUUUUUUUUUAUUGGAAUGCUCAAAUUUAAUUUUCAACUUCUGUUAUGAUGAAGAGAUAUCAUUUUCAGACAUAAUGCUACUUGAGUAAACCCUUAACAUCUUAAUGAACCUGCAUGCCGGUAAGCAUAUUUUUUUUUUAUGAAUCAACAUCAACAAUGUGAAAGUAUGUAAGUUUAGUAUAGCCUACCUUUCAUGUCUGUACAUUUUGAAGUUUUGCAAUGUUCUGAAUUAUUGCGAGAAAUCGGGACAGGUGAGUUUUCUCAAAAAUACAAAAUUGAAUUUAAUUAAAAUUUUGAAAGCAUUGUUUUUAUGCAAAAUUUCCAGAAAUAACAAUAAUUUAUCUUGCAAAAUCAAAAUAGAAGAGGCAUGCAAAAUUUCUGAAUUAACAGGACUGUAAAUUCAGAAAUUAUUGCGAGGUUUUUAUUGUAAACGCAAUAAUUUAAACUCACAUUUUGAAAUAUUUCAUAUGAGUUGAACCGGAUUUUUCUAUAAAUUGUAGAGAAUAAAAUCUAAAAUGACAAAAUUGCAAUAACAAAUGCACACAAUAAUUUCUGUAUUUACAGUAUUCAGUUUGUCAUCUUUCUUUUAUAUUUAACUAGAUAUUAUUUGUUAAUAUAUGAAAUUAAAGUUUACAUUAAUAGAAAUUAGCUGGCAAUUAUAUUUAUAACCAUAAGUUGUGCCAUAUUACUCUAUGUGUUAUACAUUUGUCUGUUUUGCAUGGCUAGGUCAUUUAUGGUUUGGUAAUGGCAUGUAUGUAAGACACUUUCCGCAGUUCCUAGACUGACCUGAUAUUAAUCUGAAUAAUAAGUGGAAAAAAAAACAUUGUUUAUUAAGGCUGCAUUUAAUCAAAGAUUAUCUUUUUUAACUGCAAAAAUGUUUCACAUAAGUACCUUAUAAACCUAUAAUUAAUGUUUAAAUCUUUAUAGGAGAUGUCAACAUAGCUUUUUACAAGGAUCACAAGAAUGUGAAAUGAAAAAAGUGAUUUCACAAUGAAAAUAAUUUUCAGGCUUAAGUUGUUAAUCUGUAAAACUUUAAAUCAUAGACUGAAAAAGCAAGAAAACUUGAGAUAAAGGGGGAGAGAUGUUAAAUGAAAAUAAGCCUUUACUACUGUCAUGUAUUGUAAAAGGUUAAGUUUGUGAUGGUUGUAUCAGUAUGUCUGCAGCUUUAAUGUCAAUACAUUAACCAUAUCAAAUCUUUGUUUUUAUGCCCCACCUACGAUAGUAGAGGGGCAUUAUGUUUUCUGGUCUGUGCCUCUGUUCGUCCGUCCGUGCUUCCAUUCGUCCUGCUUCAGGUUAAAAUUUUUGGUCAAGGUAGUUUUUGAUGAAGCUGAAGUCGAAUCAACUUGAAACUUAGUACACUUGUUGCUUAUGAUAUGAUCUUUCUAAUUUUAAAGCCAAAUUAUACUUUUUACCCCAAUUUCACGGUCCACUUAACAUAGAAAAUGAAAGUGGGAGUUACAGGUUAAAGUUUUUGGUCAAGGUAGUUUUUGAUGAAAUUGAAGUCCAAUCAACGAAACUUAGUACAUAUGUUCCCUAUAGUAUAAUCUUUCUAAUUUUAAUGCCAAAUUAAAUUUUUAUCCAUAUUUACGGACCAUGGAACAUGGAAAAUGAUAGUGCAAGUGGGGCAUCUGUGUAUUUUGGACACAUUCUUGUUUUUUUUUAAAACAUGUAUAAAUAGGUGAAAUGUUUAAAAUAUUUCUUAAAAUUUAGUUCAAUUAAAUGGAAAAAAGGUGUCACCAUAUUUUUUGGGAUGUCAUUUACAGUUAUUAGUGCUAGUUGUUUAGUUUUUUUGUUUAUUUUCAUUAUGUUGUUAAUAUAUAAGUAUGAAAACAGAAUUAAUAUGUAAACCAUUAAGUCUUUAGAUGUUUACAUGUAUUGACUUGAUGUGGCUUCUAAUAUUGAAAUAAAAAAGUUCAUCAUGGAAUAGUGUUGCA